GUGCGUUUAUCGAUGUAUAUUGGUGUGAAAAUGUGUGUAUAGGUUGGAUGCGUGCGUGCCCCUCUUUGGGGAAGGGUAAAAUGUCGGUGCGUUGGUGGGGUCUGUCUAUCUGGUGGAACAGUGAACUCUCGCCAUCGUUCAGUAUCGCCCGUACCCUUCUUUUGUUCCUUACCCAACAACACCUUUUAUAACAAUUGAAAAUAAUUUUAAAGAGGGGUAUUGAAUCAAGAACGAUAUCUGACAGGCACACUGCGAAUAAAGGAUUUGACCCGCUUCCCCGCGAUCCCCGAAUCCCUCGCCCUUUUUUGUUCAUUUUUUUGUAUGUACUCAAAUCUGAAAAAAAAAUUCUACCUCGAUUUCCUUUAGCUUUGUUUUUCUUUACAAUUCUCUACCUCUACGUGGGAUAUUAUCAGAAUACCGUUAUUCACCUGUUAUCUUAUUUAUUUAUUGUUCUUGUCGUGUAACGUUUUUCAUUCGUGGUCCCCGUUGUUCGGUUCACGUUCACUCUGCAAACGAUCCGUUAUCGUUUUUGUUGAGUUGUUUCUUGGUAAACUACGAACUUGUUGAAAUUUCUGCACGUAAAUUUUCGUGAUUACUUUCGCUGUUCUGAUCUACUGAGAUCGUGUUAGUGGUAAGAGAGAAUCACUAUUGCUAACGACGAAAUCGCGUCAAGUGUGCAAGAGUUAUUUUUCUUCGUGUGGCAGCUUGAAAAAGCAGCCACAUCGGGGACCCCGCAGCAUCAUCAUAAAAAUACAUAUUGGGACGACAAGGAAAAGCGAAAAGCUGCAGAGUGGCAAAUCGAGGCGGAAGUGGCAUGGCGAGGGCCGGAAUACUCGGCAAAGCCGAGUUCGUCGCGGGUGGAAAAUAUAAACUUAUGAGGAGAAUAGGCUCCGGGUCUUUCGGUGAUAUUUAUCUAGGGAUGAACCUCACUAACGGCGAGGAAGUUGCUGUCAAAUUGGAACAUGUAAGAGCUCAACAUCCACAGCUUUUAUACGAGUACAAGGUGUAUAAAAUAUUAAAUGGAAUUACAGGGAUACCUCAUGUGCGAUGGUGGGGAGAAGAACAGAAUUGGAACAUUCUCGUUAUGGAUCUCCUUGGGCCUUCGCUGGAAGAUCUCUUUACUUUUUGUUCGAGAAAGUUUACCAUUAAAACGGUUCUCAUGUUAGCCGAUCAAAUGUUACUUAGGGUCGAGCACGUUCACAGCAAAUCCUUUAUUCAUAGAGAUAUCAAACCUGACAAUUUUUUGAUGGGCAUAGGGCGUCAUUGUAACAGGCUUUUUAUCAUCGACUUUGGUUUAGCCAAAAGGUUUAGAGAUCCUCGUUGUCGAAUACACAUAGUGUAUCGAGAAGACAAAAAUUUAACUGGUACAGCAAGGUAUGCGUCGAUAAACGCACAUCUUGGUAUCGAGCAGAGUAGAAGGGAUGAUAUGGAGUCGUUGGGUUACGUCCUCAUGUACUUCAAUAGAGGAUCACUGCCUUGGCAGGGUCUUAAAGCUGCCACAAAGAAACAGAAGUACGAAAAAAUUAGUGAAAAAAAAAUGUCCACGCCCAUCGAAGUUUUGUGCAAGGGCUUUCCAGCUGAAUUUGCAAUGUAUCUAGGAUACACGAAAGGACUGAAUUUUGAACAGAGACCUGAUUAUGUGUAUUCACGUACGCUUUUCCAGAUACUCUUCCGAACCUUAAAUUAUAAGUAUGAUUAUACGUUUGAUUGGACGAUACUUAAACAGAAAGCUGUGCCCGGAGCGCACACAUCGAAUCAAAAUACUUUAGUACCUCAGACACAAACUCAGGAACAGGAGCAACAACAACAGCAACAACAGCAGCACCAACAAACGCACCAACAACAGCAGCAGCAACAACAACUACAACAACUACAUCAUCAACAUCAAAUGCAACAUCAACAAGAAGUACAGUGUUUAACAAUGGAAGAACUUCAACCGGUACAAGGUGAUGAAACGCGAUUGGACUCUCGCAGGCACCCCCGUGGACCGAUCCAUGACAGGUUCAGCAUAUUAUCGUAGAAUGAGAAAGUGGAAAGAAAAGGCGAGGAGUACCCUAAAACAUACACAACUGUACGUACCACGUCAUGAAAAAACGCAUCAUAAUCGAAUACCGAACAAUCACAAACCCAAACACAAAAGAACGGGGAGUAAAAACGAAAACGAAAAAUAAAAUAACGAAUAAGCGAGAGCGCAAAACGAUUGCCACUGUUUUGAAAUACGUUGGGCGAUUGUGAAAUCGAUGAGAAAGGGAGGGAGAGAGAGACGAGAGAGUGAGAUUGCGAAAACAAGUGAACAAAAAAUCAUGAAGCCGGAAAUGAAAAAAAGUCAUAGUAAAAAACAACAAUCACACACUAACUCCUCGAGCUCCGAGUUGCGCCCGUUAUCUAGCGAAGGAAAGCGCUCGAUAGAAUGCAAAAAUGGGGGUUUGGAGAAAGUGAGAGUGGUGGUGAAGAUUGUGAGUGUUAAAUGGCGAAAAAUUAAAAAAAACUAUGAACAUAUAUGAAUUUAUAUAUACUCAUAGGCACUAAAAACAAUAAACAAACGGUAUAUAAACUACUGAAAUCAUUUUUUCGGUUUUCUCAUGCUCGCCUUAGCAACGAUAAUGCUGAGACGCGUGAGCGAUGCAAUGAAUAUAAACACACCCACAUAAAAAAUCAUGUUUAACGGUGGACCAGAUAACCAACGUCUCGUGUUUCACCAACGGUACUUAGGAUUCUUACUAAUUCAUCAAACUCAUCGCGAUCGGUGGAAAAAUAAAAAAAAAAAAAAUAAAAAAAAACUAAACAAUUCUGACGCAAUACGGAAUAAACGAUAUAAAAAGCAGGUUUUUUAAUACAUUUCUAAUUCCUUUCUAUCUAAACCUCCUUCAUCGUUACUUAUCAAUCGAAUUCAUUCGCACGUUUAAUCAUUAGUGAAGUAAAAACGAUGUUAUUUGUAUCUAUUUGUUUUUUUUUUUUUUUUUUUCGUUUCAAAUGUCUCGUGAUCUGUAACGCGGACGUACAGUAGUCUUUUUUUUAUAUUCCAUGUAUACAUACAGUCACGCCCAAACGUAACGCAUCACUUUCAAUAGCGGUACGAUGCAACGUGAUGCGUUUCAUUUUGGCGUGAGUGGAUAUUUACUGGGCAUCGGUGACGCAACGGUUACGACCACUUGAGACUUUGUAGAAAACUUAGAGAUCCAUCCUGCCACGAAACAAAAAUAGAAACGCUUUUCUGAUGUGUGACGAAAAUAAAAGGAAAACCGAAACGAGCAGAUGUUUCUAAGUAAAAUGAGACGAAAGAGAGAGACUAUGUGAGAAUGUUCUUUGUGCGUACUUGAAUUUUGUACCGUCAAUUUCUUCGUGGAAAUAUUGGGACGCACCUAUUUGCCUUCAAAUAUAAUUUAUGCUUGUGAAAGCUAAUAAAAUGUUAACAUCGCUCGGAUCAAAGAGGAGAAAAAAAUGGAGCCUGUUUAUUGUCUUUUUCAGAGCUCUAUCGUGGUUUUUGAAUUCCACAGAUCUGAAAUUCUCAAAACGCUCAUUUACUUUUCGUUUCUCUUGAUGUUUUGCGAUUUUAUUUACGUUGCCCAUCGAUUAGAAACAAAAUUGAAUAAAUAAGAUCGUUUGAUUAGCUAGAGAUGAAAGGAAAAGUGGUGGAUGCUAUUCAAUGGUGAAGAUUCGGAAACCUGCGUUCAAAUAUUUUUAUUCUUCUUCCGAGGUUCCGGAUAACCACCUCAAGAAUUUUUUAAAUUAGUUUAGCUCUUAAUAUGCGAUCGAUUGGACGAGAAUUUGAUGACUAUAGAAACACUAUUAAAAAUGAAUUAUAAUAAUAAACGAAAAUAUGUACAAAUUUUUGCAAUGUUCUCUGCAAGCAGAACCUUCCAAAGUCGGUUUUCACUUUAUCGAAUAAACAAAUGCGCGUAUAUUCCUCGUCAUGGAAUGGGAAUUGCUAAGAGAAAGAGAUUUUCCGAGACUCGGAGACCUUUUUUCUAAGAUUUGUAACACAAAUCUUUCAAUUGUUUUCACAAGUCAUUAAAAAUUAUCAAUUUUUCAAUGAAUCUCUUGAUUUUCAAUAUCGUUGAUCUAUCGAACUCUUCAAAAUGCGCUCCGACGAGUCUCGGAUUCAAUCGUCGUCUCUAGGCUCUUACGUUUCCUGUUCUCUGAAUUGUCGCGACCGGCCUUGAUACAUUCGUCGGGGGACGAAGCAGAAUAAUGAGAAAAUGAAGUUUGGCAAAAUUGGAGGAAAAAAUAGGCGAAUAAAGAAAUUUUGCCGAACAUGCGAGGUUUAGGCUGGAUAAAAGAGGACAAAAGAAGGUCCGAUAAAAAUAUUAAUGAACGGGGCAAUUUAUAGAAGUAAAUGAAUAAUAAGAUGAAAGGUAGGAAGGAGCCAUUAAAAGGAAAAACAAAUAAAACGAACAAGAAAUAAAUAAAAACAAACAAUAAUUUAAUGAAGUUAGCGUACGACGAGAAAAAGUCGGAAACGAACGGUGUGAUACGAUGAUCUUCUUACCCGCGUGAUUGGUUCGAAAUGUACGAAUGCGUCAGUCCAGCGAUACAAUUAAAUCGUAUUGAUUCUAGUUUGAUGUAAGUAUAAUCGAGGACAAACGUGUGACUGAAUGCGAGCGAAAAUGUGUAAACGAAUGAGGAUAAAAAAUUUACGAAAUAAAAA